AUGGCACCGCUCCCAGAGACCACGGCGGAGGCCACUCUAGCGGCGGCGGAUGACAGCGGCGACAGCGAGGCGUUGGGUGACGCGUGGGACUACCGCGGCCGGCCGGCCGUGCGCGGCAGCUCCGGCGGGUGGUCCAGCGCCGCCAUGAUCCUGGGCGUGGAGCUCAACGAGCGGCUGACCACGCUGGGCAUCGCCGUGAACCUCGUCACGUACCUCACGGCCACCAUGCACCUGGGCAACGCCGCCUCCGCCAACGCGGUGACCAACUUCCUCGGCACCUCCUUCCUGCUCUGCCUCCUGGGCGGCUUCGUCGCCGACACCUACCUCGGCCGCUACCUCACCAUCGCCAUCUCCACAGCCGUGCAGGCCGCCGGCAUGACCAUCCUCACCGUCUCCACGGCCGCGCCGGGGCUGCGCCCGCCCCCCUGCAAGGACCCGACGGGCGACGGCAGAGUCCCCGGCUGCGCGCCGCCUACCGGCACGCAGCUCGGCGUGCUCUACCUGGGCCUCUACCUGACGGCGCUGGGCACGGGCGGGCUCAAGUCGAGCGUGUCGGGGUUCGGGUCGGACCAGUUCGACGAGUCCCACGCCGGGGAGCGGCGCCGCAUGGCGCGCUUCUUCGGCUGGUUCUUCUUCUUCAUCAGCCUCGGCUCCCUCCUCGCCGUCACCGUGCUGGUGUACGUGCAGGACAACGUGGGCCGUCGCUGGGGCUACGGCGCGUGCGUGGUGGCCAUCCUCGCCGGCCUCGGCGUGUUCCUGGCCGGCACCCCCAGGUACCGGUUCAAGAAGCUGGCGGGGAGCCCGCUGACGCAGAUCGCGGCCGUGACCGCCGCCGCCUGGAGGAAGCGCGCGCUGCCGCUGCCGUCUGACCCAUCCUCCCUCUACGACGUGGACGACGCGGCGGCCGCCGGCGAGGACGUCGGGGGCAAGCGGAAGCUGCCACACUCCAAGCAGUGCAGGUUCCUUGAUCAGGCUGCAAUAGUAGAGGUGGAGCUGGAGCCGUCGUCCCCGUCGUCGGGGAAGAAGAAGAGGAAGAAGUGGGCGGUGUGCACAGUGACAGAGGUUGAGGAGGUGAAGCAGGUGGUGCGGAUGCUGCCCACGUGGGCCACCACCAUCGUCUUCUGGACCGUCUACGCGCAGAUGACCACCUUCUCCGUCUCCCAGGCCCAAGCCUUGGACCGCCGUCUCGGCCCCUCCUUUGUCAUCCCCGCCGGCUCCCUCACCGUCUUCUUCGUUGGCUCCAUCCUCCUCACCGUCCCUAUCUACGACCGCCUCAUCGCACCGCUCGCUCGCCGCCUCACUGGCAACCCUCAAGGCCUCUCCCCGCUCCAGCGCAUCUUCGUCGGCCUCUUCCUCUCCAUCCUCGCCAUGGCCGUUGCCGGGCUAACCGAGCGCCACCGCCUCUCCGCCUCUACCGCGGGCAUCCAGCUCUCCGUCUUCCUCAUCGUGCCACAGUUCCUCCUCGUUGGCGCCGGAGAGGCGUUCACAUACAUCGGCCAGCUCGACUUCUUCCUCCGCGAGUGCCCCAGGGACAUGAAGACCAUGAGCACCGGCCUCUUCCUCACCACGCUCUCGCUUGGCUUCUUCCUCAGCUCCGGUCUCGUCUCCGUCGUGCACGCUGUGACCACCUCCGGUGGCCGGAGACCGUGGCUCGCCAACGACAUUGACAAGGGGAGGCUCGACUACUUCUACUGGCUGCUCGCCGCCAUCAGCACCGCCAACCUUGGGAUCUUCGUCGCCGCCGCCAAGGGGUACGUGUACAAGGAGAAGCGCCUGGCAGACGCCGGCUUCAUCGAACUCCACGUCGAAGAAGUGAACCUCGGUGAUGAUGGUGAUGAAAAUUUGUAA